AUGGGCAAACGCAAGGUCGCAGCUCUCGAGAAGGUCGACGCCGACUUCGCGAGCCUCCAGUACAAGAUCCGCCGCGACCCCAACUCGUACGAGGACAACUUUCUCCAGCAAUGGGGCCAGUACGAGAGCCAACGUGAGGUCUUCCUCGUCUCCCCCACGACCGCGACCCCCGAGUACACCGAGUCCUUCCACAACCUCGUCGACCUCAUCGCACACGUCGCCGACUGCUACCCUCAACAUGCCGAGGCCUUUCCCGGCGACCUCAAGGCCAUCCUGCUGCAGCACCACGAGGUCCUACACCCUGAACUGCGCGAGAAGAUUGUCGGAAGUCUCGUACUCCUCAGGAGAAAGGAGGUCAUCGAUUCGACGCAGCUACUAACCACGCUCUUCCCCAUCCUCGUAUCGUCACCGAGCAAGUCCCUGCGCACGCUACUGUUCCAAAAGAUCCUCGGCGACCUACGCAACGCAAACUCAAAAUCGACGAACCACCCCCUCAACCGCACCAUCCAGACCGUCCUCUACAACCUCAUUACUGCUGACCGCGCCUCACCCAAGGCCGUCUGGGCCGUCAAGCUGACGCGCGAGCUGUGGAAGCGUCAGGUCUGGACCGACGCCAAGACGGUAGAUGUUAUGAAGGAGGCCUGUCUCUCCGACAAUGAAAAGGUUGUCGUCGGCGCCGUGCGCUUCUUCCUCGGCGGCGACAAGGAGCGCGAGGAGCUCGAGGACGACAGCAGCGACGAGGAGGCCAUCGACCUGCAAAAGAUGAAGCACCAGAUCGGCAUCAACAAAAAGUCCAAGAAGAAGGCCAACGCCUACCGCAAGGCCGUCACCAAGAUCCACAAGCAGGAGCGCGGCAAGGAGAAACCGCACCCGCUCAACUUUUCUGCCUUUCACCUGCUCCACGACCCCCAGGGCUUUGCCGAGCAGGUCUUCCAGAAGCACCUCCAGAGCACCAAGACCAAGAUGGUCCUCGAGCACAGGAUCCUCGUGCUGCAGCUCGUCACCCGCCUCGUCGGCCUGCACAAGCUGACCAUUGUCUCACUCUACUCGUGGUUCAUCAAGUACCUCACGCCCAAGCAGGAGUCCGUCACGUCCUUCCUCGCCUGCCUCGCCCAGGCCACCCACAACCUCGUGCCGCCCGACUGUCUGGAGCCCCUCGUGCAGAAGAUUGCCAACGAGUUCGUUUCCGAGGCCGCCGCUGGUGAGGUCGCCGCCGCUGGUCUCAACGCCAUCCGGGAGAUCUGCGCCCGUCAGCCCCUCGCCAUGGAGGACACACUGCUGCAGGACCUCGUGCAGUACCGCAAGAGCAAGGACAAGGGCACCAUGAUGGCUGCCAAGGGCCUGCUGUCGCUGUUCCGUGAGGUCGGCGCCGACCUGCUGGCCAAGAAGGACCGCGGCAAGGACGCGACGAUCGGUCUCAAGACGGGCGAGGUCCGCAAGAAGCGCUUCGGCGAGCAGGAGGCCGGCGGCAUCGAGGGCCUCGAACUACUAGAGCAGUGGAAGGAGGAGCAGAGGAAGGCCAAGCGCGCGGCCAAGGGUCUGCCUGAGGAGGUCGGCGAGGAUGAGAAGGAGGACGAGGACGACGGCUUUAACUCGGAUGACUGGGAUGUCGAGUCGGUCGACAGCGACGAUUCCGGCGGCUGGAUCGCCGUCAGCUCGGAUGAGGAGGAGGACGAGCCUGCGCCUAAGAAGCGGAGAAAGAGCACAGCCGAUGACGAGGAAGCAGACGCCGACAAGGAAGGCGACGACGAAAAGGCCGGCGAGGAUGUCGAGAGCGAGGUGCAAAGGAUAUCCAAGCUCGCGACAACGUCGAUCCUGACGCCGGCGGAUCUCCAGAAGCUGCAGGAGCUACGCAUGGAGGCCAGCGUCAACAAGGCCAUGGGCACCAAGUCCAACAGGUCCAAGAAGCUUGAGGAGGCGCUAGCACGACACAUCGACGACGGUCUGACGGCGGAGCAGAUUGAGGCGCCUGCCCGCCUGCGCAAGACGACCAAGGAAGAGCGCGUCGCCCUGGCCAAGGAGGGCAAGCCCGAGCGCGGCGAGCACAAGAGCACCCAGGCCAUCAGACGGUCCAAGAAGGAUGCCGAGGGCAAGAGUACGACGAACAAGGAGAAGGCCAGACAGAAGAACUUCCUCAUGACCCUCAACAAGGCCAAGUACAAGCAGAAGAGGAGUCUGGUCCAGACGAGGCAGGUCCUGCAGGGCCACGUCAACCGGGCCAAGAGGGGCGGCCGCCGGGGCAACAUUGGCUGA